AUGGAGGAUCCUCCAGCAGAUCCUAGCGGCGGUGGCGGUGGUGGUGCAGCAGCCGCCGCAGCGGAGGGCCCCACGGUGCAGGUGGCUGACAUGCGCUGGCCAAGCGGAGCUCUUCCGCUCCGGCUCCUGGAGUGGAAGGUCAAACCAGGGUCUCUCGUGAACGUGGACUCGGUUCUUGCCUUAUGCGCUCUCAUAGCUCAGGAUAAGGAGACGGAGGCUGCUGCUAGGCUGCCAGAGAAAAAGGUGAAAUCGGACCGUGCUGGAGUGGUGAAGGAGCUCUGCUGUCAGCCAGGACAAAUAAUUCCUCCCGGGGGUGUCAUCGUCAGAAUCGAAGAAUGCAGCCAUCCAAUAGUGAUGAAGGGUCUGUGUGCCGAAUGCGGCCAGGAUCUGACUCAGCUGCAGGGGACUAAUGGGAACCAGCAAAGUCCCAUCUCCACAGCAACAGUCUCCAUGGUCCACAGUGUCCCUGAACUAAUGGUCAGCUCGGAGCAAGCCAAACAGCUGGCUCGAGAAGACCAGCAGAGACUGCACCGGAACAAAAAGCUGGUCCUCAUGGUGGACCUGGACCAGACGCUGAUCCACACCACUGAGCAGCACUGCCAGCGCAUGUCCAACAAGGGGAUCUUCCACUUCCAGCUGGGUCGGGGGGAGCCCAUGCUCCACACGCGGUUACGGCCGCACUGCAAGGAAUUCCUGGAGAAAAUCGCCAAACUCUACGAGCUGCACGUCUUCACAUUCGGGAGCCGUUUAUAUGCACACACCAUCGCUGGCUUCUUGGAUCCUGAAAAGAAACUUUUCUCCCACAGAAUCCUUUCUAGAGACGAAUGCAUAGAUCCGUUCUCCAAGACGGGGAAUCUUAGGAACCUGUUCCCCUGCGGCGACUCCAUGGUCUGCAUCAUCGACGACCGGGAAGACGUCUGGAAGUUUGCACCGAACCUCAUCACUGUGAAGAAGUACAUCUACUUCCAGGGCAUCGGAGACAUCAACGCUCCACCAGGAUCAAGGGAAGCUCAGAUGGCCAAGAAAGCUGGAGGCCCUUCAAGUCGGCCGACAGAGAGCACAGAACAAGCGGAGGCGAUUGGUGCUGAUGAGCAAAAUAAUGGCCUCAGGAAACGGUCAAAGGAGCCAGGCAUUUCAGCAAAGGAAGAGCUUUCAUUACCUCAGUCUUCUCAGGGAGGAGCUGCAGGUGAAAGGACACAGGGGUGUGUGGAGGAGGACCAGGAGGAGGCAGGACGAAGUCGAGGUCAAAAGGGCACUCAGGUGGAGGAUAAAAAAGAUGUUAAAGAGGAUGGUGGUAACAGGACAGAAGAGGCUCAGGGAGGUGCCAACUCCUCAGCACCGAGCCAUGACUCCAAUAACUUGGAUUUUGACCUUUCUAGUGACAGCGACAGUGAAUCGGGUACAGGAAAGCCCGCCUCGCCAGACGGCGGGAGUCAAAGCAGGACUCGUGCAACAAAGGAGUCUGAACAGGAAGGAGACGGACACGAGCCAUCUGAUGAGGACGUAACGAAGGACGGGGACAGCAAGGGUUCUUGCGAAGUCGAGAACAGCUCGGACUCUGCAGAACACCCGGGCGUUGUCCUGCCCGACCCCGAGCUGGGGAACGGCUGCUUGGAGAGGAGAGAGCCGGAAACCGAGUCCCAGAACAGCGAGCAGUCCGGAGUCACGGUGGGAGAGGAGCUGCUGGAUCAGAGCAUGGAAGACGAGGAGGAAGAGGAAGAGACCGACAACGACCAGGACGAUCACCUCAUCUACCUGGAGGAGGUGCUGGAACGGAUCCACGCAGAGUACUUCGCCCGUUACGAGACCCACCUGAGGAAGGAGGCGUCGGAGAUGCCAGACAUCCGCAGGAUCGUUCCAGAGUUGAAGAGCAAGACUCUGGAGGGCACGACGGUUGUGUUCAGCGGACUUUACCCCACUAACUACCCCAUGGAGAGGACAAGGGAGUUCUACCACGCCAAAGCCCUGGGGGCCAAAAUCGGCAAGAGUCUGAUCCUCAACUCUCAGGACCCCAACCAGACGACACAUCUAGUUGCAGCAAGGGCAGGAACGGAGAAGGUACGGCAGGCGCAGGGCUGCAAGCACCUCCAUGUGGUCAACCCCGACUGGCUGUGGAGCUGCCUGGAGCGCUGGGAGCGGGUGGAGGAGCAGUUGUACCCCCUGAAGGAGGAUUACUCCAGGACGCCACGGAGCAACAGCCCGGCCGCUUUUCUCGACAAUCAGGGCUGCCUGCAGAAAGCCGUCUUCCAGCCAGUUCCUGUCCACCCCAGACCCAGAGGGGCGUUUUCAGAGGCCCGGACCUACGACUCGGUCACAGGGAAGCUAAUCCGCAGGGGCCCUCAGGCGGGGCGUCCAGCAGCCUACCUCCAGGCAUCGGGACCCCUCUCCGACCACAUGGAUCAGUCUGGUCUCAGGGGAGCCGCACAGGGUCAGCAGAACGAGGCGGCCGGGUCCAGCCAGGACGACGAGCAGCCGGGACCUUCCCGCCGGGAGCGGCAGCCGAGCAUGUCAGAAACGAUGCCGCUGUACACGCUCUGCAAGGAGGACCUGGACAGCAUGGACAAAGAGGUGGACGACAUUUUAGGAGAGGAGAGCGACAACGAGAGUGAGGGUCGAGGGAAGGAGAAGCCGGGCAACGAGGAUAUUGCUGAGGAAGAGGAGGAGGAGCAACAGCAGCCAGAAGCUGGACAGUCGACAACAUCAGGGCCCCCUUCUAAGCCAGACGGAGUGGAGGAAAGACUUCAGACCACACCUCCCAGUGACUCCAGUUUGUCAGAGAAUGCCCCAAGGGGUCAAAAACGGAAGCAUGACGCCGGAGACGAUGAGGAGGAUGCGGACAUGGAGAGCAAGCAGAAAAGGCGGGACUCCGCCGACGAGUCAUCUAAGGACUCCAAUGAGGAAGAGGAGGGCAGCAGCUCGGAGGCGGACGAGAUGGCUGCCGCCCUGGAGGCGGAGCUAAACGACUUUAUGUGAUGAGGGAAAAAAAACGACUGAAAGCCAGCCCAUACCAACGUCACCCACGGUACCCACACAUCGCUUUUUCCCCCGGAGUCGCCGUGGUUACGGCGUGGGGAGCGAUGAAUGUGUUGUAAUAAAAACCUGAAUGUCCUGUACAGAACCAGCGCCUUUCUGCGGAAAUGAAGGCUUGGACUUUUGUAGCACUGCUAUAUAUAUAUAUAUAAAAAUAUAUAUAUAUGAAUAUAAAUAGAUAUAAAUAUAAAUCGCCUUUUUGUGGCAUAAAUCCUUUGACGUUAACAUUUUAUUGUGAGGUAAGCUCUAGGACUGAAGAAAUUUGAUACUUUUUGUGUUGUUUUUCCAUUUGGAUUUUUAUAUUGUUGAAAAGAUAAAUAAAAAAACAACAUAAGUGUGUAUUUUGCUGAUGGUUCUUGCCAAAGAGUUUUGAAAUAGGUUUGCCAAGUUGUGCAGCUAAAAAAAUUUUAAUCUUCCACUUUUUAAGAUUUUUUUAUUAUUAUUAUUAUUGUUAUAAUUACAUUUUUGGUCUCAGCAGGUUUUUAGGGUCAACUAGUUCAUCCAGACAUUUGAAUGUGUUUCAUCCAUUAGUUUUUUUUUGUUGUUGUUGUUGUUUGUACAUUUUGUAAACAUUUUGUGUGCUAGUAGAAGAUCUUUUGUUAAUGAAUAAAAGAUAACAUCCCAGUAACAGGAAGCGGAUCCGACUCUGCCAAUGAUGACUUCCUGUUGGUGGGAAUCAGAACACAGGAAACAAAUUUUAUAGGGGCAGACAUUUUGAGUCCAACUGAAAAUAAAGGGAUUAUAAGAUUGUCUAAAACCGCUAUCUGAUAUGAACUAACAAGAAAGUUGGUCGUUUUAGUUGUUGAACUUUGUUUUGCCUGUGCUGCAGUUUACACAUUCCUGAACCAUUCUUUAGAUUAGUGCAACUUGAACCAAAAAAAUUUUUUGUUUGUUUUUUUGUACAAACCAACUCACCAAUUUCUCUUAUUAUCUGGAACUGAUCGGGGAACUAUGAUGAGUCAAAGCAAGGUGCAGACAUUUUUCACAAGUAAUUUCUUUGUUUUUAGCUACAACUGCACAAUUUCUGGACAAUACUGAUCUCCAUUUUGACUGAUUCUUCUUUUUUUCUUUUUUGCCAAGAACUGCACCACACAGAAGAUAAAAAUGUGCCACAUCAAAUUGAUGAAAACAUUUCAGAAAAAUGGAUGUUUGUUGAUGCUUUUAUAAAUCAAAACUGGUGGGAAUUUUAAGUUUUGAUGACUGCAGGGGAAAAAAGAUUUUCAGAAUUUGUCCCACAGAUCAAUCAGAGCUGAUCAAAAGGAAUAUUGGCUGAUUUCAAUCUGCCUGACUGGUGAGUGUUUAGGCAAAAUUUCUUUCAUUUUUGUGUUUUAAAUGAGCAGUUUUCAUCUAAAAGUCAAACUCUUGCCUGUUCUGUACCCUUCAGAUUUCAGAGCAGCUUAAUAUUUUAUAUUUCACUAUUCUAUGUAUGUUGCUUUCUUGUCUAGGAAUAAAACUAGAGGGGCAUAAAAAGAAAAUGUCAAUUUGAAGUAAAAUUGCCAAAUUUCAUUCCAACUGACUUGUAGCGAAUGAUGACCAAUCGAAGCAGGCCUUUCACCAACUGUUUAACUUGUUUUAACAAAUGAACUAUCUGUGAAAUUAACUUGGACUUUUUUUUUUUGCCAGAGUAGGGAUGCAACGAUAUGAAAUCUAAGAUAUUGAUGUCAGAUAUUGCCGUUUUGGUCGAUAACCAAUAUUUGCCAAUAUUAUGUUUCUCUACUGCUUUGAUUACCAAAAAAACUGUACCAUGCCCAACACAAACAUAACUUUGCAUUGGAUUAAAAUUUCCGAUUUCUAGACACAAAAUCAAAAAUAUUUAUUUUUAUAGCAUUUUUUUUAAUAUUUUGAUGUUUUGCAGAUUAUAUUUUUUUUCAAUGUUUUAUUACUAUUAUUAUUUCAAGUGAAAUCAGAUUUCAUUUUGCCGAGAUUUUAGGAUGGAAUAUGGAAAUGUAUAUCGGUUGUUAAUAUCUGCCCAGUUUUAUUGAUUGGGUCAAUACUAAUAUGUUAAAAAAAGAUUAACAUCAGCCGAUACAGGUGCCGAUAAACCAUGUGUCCCUAUUUCAGAGUGCUCUCUGUGGAUCCUCUUUCUGCAUGUAAAAUGACGUGAUUCUAAAUGAUAGAGUUGCUGCUUUAAGGGAUUUCUUCCACUAAUGUUCACCAGAGCAAGUCUGGCCCUGUUUACCGUUUUCGUGCUACGCUAACUAGCUAGCCGCUAUGCUCGGGAUUAGCACAGCAUUUCUCGGGGAUAAAAAACAUGUACAAAAUGUGGAUUUGCUCUGAAUUUUCUUGAUGAAAAGAGAAGCCGUCGGAAGACGAUUAACAGAGAGCUGGAAUAGUUCACCUGAAACAUCCACACCCCGCAGAACGUGGGCUUUUAGAUCCCAAGUCUGCGCCGUGUCCUCUCGGCGAGAGGGGGAAAAAAACUAACCUCAGAGCUCUUGGUGGAAUACUUGAAUUUGCAUCGUUGCGAUAUUUCUUCAGAAAACAGAUUUUUGCAUAUCAAAUCAAUUUUUUCAGUUUUGCUCCUGCUAUUCUCACGGGAAGCUUUAAACGUGAGCUCCCAGAACCGAGCAGAGGAUUUCACCAGCACUACUUCACCUUUAGUGGCGUCACCCAGCUUUGCUGCUGCGGAUUUCAUGGCUGACGCAAAGUGCUAACGGUGGCUAAUGUUUACCUCUGGUUCCGUCUGCUCAAACUGAAACCUACAGCUCUGCUAUUCCUCCUCUGUUCCUUUUAAUUCUCGUCUUGAACUCGGCAUCUUUUCUGUUUGAGCUGCGGAGCUAAAUCACUGUAAUUAUUGUCUGAAGGCUGAUGUCUCAGCGUGAUUUGUGUUCAGUGACUGUUUUGCCAUCAGAUUCUUUUUUUUUCCUCCCCUGCUAACACCCACACGUUCUCCUUUUAUUUCCCUUUUCACCGUGUUUCUGUGCUCUGCUUGUGGUUUUUAUCAAUAGGUUUUCACCACAUCAAGCAGAUAUGUGAGAUACUUGUAAAGUCUAUUUCCUACUUGAAAGAGAUACUUUUAUUAAAUAAAGAUAUUUCUGAAGGAA